AUGCAUAAAAAUACUAUCUUCUAUGCGGCCGUGCUGCUUAUAGUGUACUUUACGUUAGUGUUUUGUGAAGAGGAAGUUGAUAAUACCGAAACUCAAACACCGGAUCUGGAAACAUUGCUCAGUACUGGCAGAGAUUUACUGGAGGUGGAAGGACGCACGCGUCGUCGCCAUCGGUUUUGGCUUCGCCACCUAUGGCCAUUAGCUAUUGCUUACUGGAUUAAAGUGAAGGUUGUCAUUGUUUCCUUCUUCGUGGGCAGUGCAAUUUAUUUGGGACUGCGGUACUUCUGGCCACACAAAUGCAAUCAGGAAAUUAUAUUAGAUCAUCCACCACCAUCAUACACACAGCACGACCACAUACCUUACUCCCUGGCUCACUCGCAAUCGGAGCAUAUAGAGCAUUAUGAUUCACCCACUUCGUAUGACUCUAGCUCCUUCGAUCCCUAUUCUGCCUACAGUGGAUAUUCUUCAGGCUCGGACAUUAUAUCCGACGAUCAUUCCUACGUACACUCUGAUCCAACUGCACCGUCGUCGAGCGGGCAUCCAAACCGCCGCGGCAAACGAAGCAUCGUUGACGACGACGAGGAAGUAGAAGAAGUUGAUGAGGAAAUUUCAGAGAGCGUUGCGCGCCAAAUGCCCGCUGAGGAGCAAAUUGCGGAUUUCAUGUUUGCUUUCCUGGGCCUCGACUCUAAGGCUUGUCGCCGUCGCUUUGUCUGUGAAAUGGAAUUCCGUUCCAAGCUCAAUCCCUUAAGCAGCAUGGCCUUCCGUAUUGUUGGUCGAGGCUUUUUUGAAAAAUACACAAACGCUCUCAAUCCACAAGCUAGAGCGACUAAUUUUAGUGAGUGUGCCACCGUCAAUCCCGAGUGUAUUUUCGUUGAGCAUGAAGCUGUUGAGGCAACUGGCGAAGAGAGUGCCACGGAGGAAUCAUCAGCGGCACACGAAAGCACCGUCGAAGCCAGCAAUGAGCUGACCGAAGAGGGAAAUCUGGAAGCACAAAACGAAGAAAAUCUGCAGGCAGAGAGACGACAUGCAAAACAGAAGCACAGGCGAGGUGAUCGCAUGCUGGACUCCAUUGCAGAGCACAUAAUGACCCAGUAG